AUGGCCACCACCGCUAGAUUCUCCGGUUCUUAUGAAAUCAGCAACACAACUAGCGGCAACAGCUUCUUCGCCGAGUCUUCUAUCGAUUACGCGCCGGGAUUUCUCACACCACCGGACGUUUCAGCGUUGCAACUGCUCUCCAACUGCCUAGAAUCAGUCUUCGACUCGCCGGAAACUUUUUACAGCGACGCCAAGCUAGUUCUCGCCGGCGGCAGAGAGAUAUCUUUCCACCGCUGCGUUCUCUCCGCGAGAAUACCUGUCUUCAAGACCGCCUUAGCCGCCGUAAAAGACCAAAAGUCCACCUCUGUGAAGCUCGAGCUGAAGCAGAUCGCGAGGGACUACGAAGUCGGUUACGAUUCUGUUGUAACCGUUUUGUCGUACGUCUACACCGGCAGAGUCAGACCGCCGCCGAAGGGAGCGUCCGACUGCGUAGACGAAGACUGCUGCCACGUGGCUUGCCGUCCGGCGGUUGACUUCUUGGUGGAGCUUCUCUACUUGGCUUUCGUUUUCCAAAUUCCGGAAUUAAUCACUUUCUAUGAGAGGCAGUUUCUUGAUAUUAUUGACAAAGUUGUUAUAGAAGACAUCUUGGUGAUAUUCAAGAAGCUUGAUAGUAUAUGUGGUAAAACAUACAAGAAGCUUUUACAUAGAUGCAUAGAAAUUAUUACCAACUCCGAUAUAGAAUUAGUGACACUUGAAAAGUCUCUGCCUCAAGACAUUGUCAAACAAAUCACAACCAUCCGCAAAGAGCUCGGUCUACAUCCACCAGAGCUAGACAAACACGUCACGAACAUACACAAGGCACUAGACUCAGACGAUGUCGAGCUAGUCAAGAUGCUUUUGACUGAAGGACACACGAGCCUAGACGACGCGUACGGUCUUCAUUUCGCAGUCGCGCACUGCGACGUGAAGACGGCGUCGGAUCUCAUAGACUUGGAGCUCGCAAAUGUCAACCAAAGAAAUCUGAGAGGGUACACUGUGCUUCACGUCGCGGCGAUGAGGAACGAGCCGAAACUGAUUGUGUAUCUGCUGACGAAAGGAGCAAACGCGUCGGAGACAACGUUUGAUGGUAGAACCGCUCUCGUGAUCGCGAAACGACUCACGAGAGCGGCUGAGUAUAAUACUAGUACGGAGCAAGGGAAGCCUUCUCUUAAAGGAGGAUUAUGCAUAGAGGUGUUGGAGCAUGCACGGAAGCUAGAUCCUUACGUUAGAGAAGCUUCUCCUUCUCUUCCUGCGACUCCUGAUGAAUUGAGGAUGAGGUUGCUCUAUCUUGAAAACAGAGUUGCACUGGCUCGGAUUCUGUUUCCUGUUGAAGCACAAGUUAUAAUGGAUAUUGUGAAACUGGAGGAGACAUGCGAGUUUACAGCUUCGAGUCUUGAGCCUGAUCCUCACACUGGUGCAAAGAGGAAAUCGCUGGAUCUAAACAUGUCACCUUUCGUAAUUAGAGAGGAGCAUUUGUGUAGACUAAUAGCGCUUACUAAAACCGUGACACUGGGGAAACGCUACUUCCCACGAUGUUCGCUGGAUCACUUUAUGGACACGGAGGACUUGAAUCAUCUGGCUUGCGUGGAAGAAGACACUCCAGAGAAACGGCUACAAAAGAAGCGGAGGUACAUGGAGCUACAAGAGACUCUGAUGAAGACAUUUAGUGAGGAUAAGGAGGAACAUGGAAAGUCUACCACGUCGAAAUCAGUGAGGUCUAAUGGUAAACGAUCUCAUCGGCGUCUAAGGGUGGAUAAACUGGAUUUCUUGAAAAGACCCUGUAGAAAUGGGAACGAUGGUUCGGAAAUGGAAUGA